CUUGCCCUAUUCAACAUAUUUUGAAAUAUAGCAUUUUUAGCCGAUUAUGAAGGGGGUGUUAUUCUUUUUUCCCCUGAUUAUUUAUUGUUAUAACUUUGCGAUACGUACUCUACGCUAGUCAGUGGCAAUGUUUUGAUUUUUAUUAAUUUUCGGUGCGCGCGUGUGCGUAAAUGUAGCCAAGAUAGAAAUACAACGCGUGCUUAGUGAAGUUGUUUUGCUUAAGAGUAAAUAAUUAGAAUAGUGUCGUUUUGUUUAUGAACAAUAAAGUUCUUGAAAUUUAAUCAUCAUGGAGAGAAAAAAUCAGAAUAAAGGAGGAAUUUUACUGGGUGAUCAAAAAAUUACUCGUCGCGUGAAACAGUACUUGGAGGACCACAAAGAUGUAGUGGAAAUUGACAUUGAAGAAAUGGCUGAUAGUUUGCAGAGGACAUAUCCUGGAUAUUUGAGAAGAGACAGAAAAGUAUUCCAGGGACUUGUCGCUAAAGCUUUUGGUGCCGUUGUGAAAGAAUACGAACAAGAAUCACACUUGGGUGAUCAAUUUACUGAAGACGGUGGUGAUGAUGAUAUUUCGUCAGUUGAAAGUGAUUAUGAGUCCUUACAUGAACGUGCAAGUAGCAGAGCUGGUGAGCAACAAACAUCUCUCUACUUUCAGAGUUUACGAGAAUCUAAAGGUGAAAAAGAAUUGAUUAAUAUAAGUAGUGAUGAAGAUGAACCUGUUGAUAAAGACACAAGCAAAGAUAUCCGACAGACUUUAUUCAAAAAUAACAUGCCAAAUAUUACCAUUGUGCCUAUCAAGUCUAGGAUCACUAAAUCCCACAGUUCCUUCAACAUACCUUUCAAAAGCAAACCCAGCUCUAACACCAGUUCGAAGCAAAGCUAUUCUGUACUGAAGUCAUCGAUGGUGAAAAAUCCCACCUCCCUCAAGUUCGGUGGAUUGCAGAAAGUCAAAGGAACUGAUGCUAACUCAAAAAAACGAAAGAAUAACGUUGACGACGUACCUGAUUUGUCUUUUCAAAAGAGUGUGAAAAAGAGAAAAUUUCCUCAUAUAGAAAACGAAACAAAACCAGAUUCCAGCAGAGGUAGAUUUGGUGCAUGCAGGUCUGAAGUUAGUUUUAAAGAUUUUGCAGGCAACAAAGAAAUUUUGAGGGAGCUGUCGAAGGUUAUCCUUCACGUAGCUCAGCCGAACAUUUAUUCCACGCUGGGGAUAUCUCCCCCACGGGGCCUGCUGCUAACAGGUCCACCAGGGUGCGGUAAGACGCUGCUAGCCGAGGCCGUGGCUGGGGAACUGAACGUGCUGCUGCUGAAAGUGUCUGCCUCGGAGCUGGUGUCGGGAGUGUCCGGCCAGUCGGAGGAGCGCAUCCGGGACCUCUUCAAGGAAGCCGUGUCGCUGGCUCCGUGCGUCCUGCUGCUGGAAGAAGUGGACGCCAUCACGCCCAACAGGCACACGGCCCAGCGCGAGAUGGAGAGGCGCAUUGUUUGUCAGCUGCUCUCCUGUCUGGAUGAUUUGGGCCGCAGAGAGCAAGGACAGCACGUGCUGAUAAUCGGGACCACGAAUCGUCCCGACUCCAUCGAUCCAGCUCUUCGUCGAGCCGGAAGGUUCGACACGGAGCUUGCUCUCGGUAUUCCCGACGUGGAAGCUCGGACGGAGAUUCUCAGGACCGUGUGCAAGUCCUUGAAGCUGGAGCCACAGUUUGACUACGAGAGAAUGGCGAGGCUCACGCCUGGAUACGUUGGUGCAGAUCUCACCUCGCUAGCGAGGGUGGCGGCCAUUAAUGCAUUCUUCAGGUAUUUUGAAAAUAACAGGCAGACUUUAGGCUCAAAAAUGGAUAAAAAUCAAAAGAAGUGUAACAACUCGUCUGAUAUGGAAAUAUCGGACGAAGAUUCAGCUGCCAUCACAGGCAACGGGGAUUGUGCCGUGGUUGACGGCGAAGCGAGGAAGGAGAAGUCGGCGGGGAACGCAGCGGAAGAGAAUCUCUGCGGCUGGCUGUGCAAGCAGCCCCCGCUGUCGGACAAGCAGCUGGAGGGCUUGUGCAUAACGACGCAGGACUUCUCCGUGGCCCUGAAGAAGGUCUGCCCGUCCGCCAAGAGGGAGGGCUUUGCGACGGUUCCGGACGUGACGUGGGAAGACGUGGGGGCUCUGCACGACAUCCGGCAGGCCUUGCAGAUCGCCAUAUUGGCGCCGGUGAAGUACUCGAAACUGUUUGCGUCCGUGGGCAUCUCCGCUCCGGCGGGAGUUCUGCUGUGUGGCCCGCCCGGCUGCGGCAAGACUCUGCUGGCGAAGGCAGUUGCGAACGAGGCGGGCAUCAACUUCAUUUCUGUCAAGGGCCCCGAGUUGCUGAACAUGUAUCUGGGUGAAAGCGAGCGAGCCGUACGCCAGUGUUUCCAGCGAGCAAGAAACUCUGCCCCGUGUGUUAUAUUUUUUGAUGAACUGGACGCUCUGUGUCCAAAGAGAUCAGAGAGCGGAGAGGGAGGAGCCAGCAUGCGGGUGGUGAACCAGAUGCUGACGGAGAUGGACGGCGUGGAGGGCAGGGGGGGAGUGUUCCUGAUGGCCGCCACGAACCGGCCGGACAUCGUGGACCCCGCGGUGCUGCGGCCGGGCCGGCUCGACAAGAUCCUGUACGUGGGCCUCCCCUCCGUCGCGGACAAGGUCGACGUGCUGCGCACCCUCACCAAGAACGGCACCAAGCCAGAACUGUCUCAGGAUGUCAGCUUAGAGGAGAUAAGCUCUUGGGAGAGCUGCGAAGGUUACUCCGGGGCGGACUUGGCUGCUCUGGUCAAAGAAGCAGCUGUGGUGGCUAUUCAGGAAGUGUUGGGUGCGCCAGCUGAGAAAGUGGUAGUUUGUCGGAACCACUUCCUUCAGGCUGUGAAAAGCAUAAGGCCUUCAGUUACAAAGAAGGACCGUUUGUACUACGAGAAGCUGCAGAAGUUGUACUCUCCCCCUCCCGUGAAGGACCAGCAGCUCUGGUCGGCAGCGGUGGAGGCCAGCGUAGAGCUGACCAGCAGCAGUUCCGUCGCAGCCCACGAGAGGGAGCAAAGUGACACGACGCAGCAGAACUCUGCAGUGUCCUCGCUGUUCACGGAGCAACACGACACAUUGCAGAACACACCUCCGCAUGCGACGGCAAGGCUGGAAGAAAGUUCCCAGGACUCUUCGACACCAAAAACUGCAGAGAACAAGGACAGUGCCGACAAACAGAGUUCUGAUGUCGACUCCACCCUGGAUGUAGACAAGUCUCCUGAACUAAGCACUGGUAGUUGCGACUGAAAAAGUUUAUAGUAAAUGUUUAUUACCAAAAAGUAGAAUUAAAAAUAAAACAUUACAAGUGAACAUUUUUAA